AUGACGGACGUCACGAUGCAGGUCGAAAACCCUCAAGAGACCAUGGAGAUGAUCAAACAUGGAGAGAUCGAUGAGUCCCUGUACAGUCGGCAACUGUAUGUGCUUGGCCACGAAGCUAUGAAGCGUAUGGGCUCGUCGAAUGUGCUGGUCGUUGGUCUCAAGGGCCUCGGUGUGGAAAUUGCCAAGAACAUUGCGCUCGCCGGUGUCAAGUCUCUUACCCUUUACGACCCCGCCCCCGUUGCUAUCGCAGAUCUUUCCUCCCAGUUUUUCCUUCAGCCUCAAGAUGUCGGCAAGCCCCGCGCCGACGUCACCGCCCCACGGGUCGCCGAGCUCAACUCGUAUGUCCCGGUUACAAUCCACGAGGGUGGGAAUCUCGUGGGGGAUUUAGAACAGCUGAAGCGUUAUCAAGCGGUGGUUCUGACCCAAACUCCGUUGAAGGAGCAGUUGGUGAUUGCGGACUUCUGUCACAAGAACGGCAUCUAUGUCACGAUUACGGAUACCUUUGGUCUAUUCGGGUAUAUCUUCAAUGAUUUCGGCAAAAACUUCACGGUCGGAGACAGUACUGGCGAGGAGGCCGUCGGUGGUAUUAUCGCCGAUAUUGAUGAAGAUGGCCUGGUGUCUGCCCUAGACGAGACCCGGCACGGCCUGGAGGAUGGCGACUUUGUGACUUUCACCGAGGUCAAGGGCAUGGAUGGCUUGAACAACAGCGCACCUCGAAAGGUCACCGUCAAGGGCCCAUAUACUUUCAGCAUUGGUGAUGUGUCUGGUCUUGGCACCUACCUGGGCGGCGGUCUCUUCACGCAGGUGAAGAUGCCCAAGUUUAUUGACUUCCAGUCCUUGUCGGAGCAGAUUAAAAAGCCAGAGCUUCUGGUAUCCGAUUUCGCCAAGUUUGACCGGCCACAACAGCUUCACAUUGGUAUCCAGGCUCUCCACAAGUUUGCGGAGACUCACGACGGUCUAUUCCCCCGUCCGCACAAUGACAGCGAUGCGCAGGAGGUUCUGAAGAUUGCCAAUGAGUUUGCCGCUGCGGGGGAGGAGAAGAUUGAGCUUGACGAGAAGAUCAUCAAGGAAUUGAGUUACCAGGCCCGUGGUGACCUGAACCCACUGGCCGCCUUCUUUGGGGGUAUUGCUGCUCAGGAGAUCCUUAAGGCCGUCUCUGGAAAGUUUAGUCCCGUUCACCAGUGGAUGUACUUUGAUUCUCUAGAAUCUCUUCCGUCUUCAACAACUCGGUCUGAGGAGAGCUGCAAGCCAACCGGUUCCCGUUAUGAUGGUCAGAUUGCAGUCUUUGGUAAGGAGUACCAGGAGAAGCUUUCCAAUGUCACUCAAUUCCUGGUCGGUGCUGGUGCUAUCGGCUGUGAGACCCUGAAGAACUGGGCCAUGAUUGGUCUGGGCACUGGUCCUAAGGGCAAGAUCUUUGUGACCGAUAUGGAUCAAAUCGAGAAGAGCAACUUGAACCGUCAGUUCCUCUUCCGCUCCAAGGACGUUGGCCGCCUUAAGAGCGACUGCGCCUCUGCUGCAGUGCAAGCCAUGAACCCCGAUUUGAAAGGUAAGAUCGUCACUCUCCGUGACCGUGUCGGUGCGGAUACCGAGCACAUCUUUAACGAGGAGUUUUGGAAUGGACUUGACGGGGUCACCAACGCUCUGGACAAUGUCGAUGCCCGGACGUAUGUGGAUCGCCGCUGCGUUUUCUUCCGCAAACCGCUCCUCGAAAGUGGUACUCUUGGUACCAAGGGCAACACCCAGGUUAUCCUGCCUUUUAUUACCGAGUCCUACUCCAGUUCCCAGGAUCCUCCCGAGAAAUCGUUCCCAAUGUGUACUCUGAAGAGUUUCCCCAACCGUAUUGAACAUACCAUUGCUUGGGCUCGCGAUCUCUUCCAGACCUACUUCGUUGGCCCUCCUGAGUCGGUCAACAUGUACCUCUCACAGCCCGACUACAUCGACCAGACUCUCAAGCAGGCGGGCAACGAGAAGCAGACACUGGAGCACCUUCGUGACUUCCUGGUCACUGAGAAGCCCUUGACGUUUGAUGACUGUAUUGUCUGGGCCCGCCAGCAAUUCGAGGCUCAGUACAAUAACGCCAUCCAGCAGCUGCUCUACAACUUCCCCAAGGACUCCAAGACAUCUUCUGGCCAGCCUUUCUGGUCCGGUCCUAAGCGGGCACCUACCCCUUUGAAGUUCGAUAGCUCCAACCCCGCUCACAUCGGAUUCGUGAUUGCUGGUGCAAACCUCCACGCUUUCAACUACGGUAUCAAGAAUCCCGGUGCUGAAAAGGGCUACUACCGCAAGGUCGUAGACGACAUGAUCGUUCCCGAGUUCACUCCCAGCUCCAACGUGAAGAUCCAGGCCGAUGACAAUGACCCUGAUCCCAAUGCCCAGCCUGCUGGAGCUACCAAUGAUAAUGAGGAGAUCGAGAAGCUCGUGACUCUUCUGCCGUCGCCCAAGUCUCUUGCUGGCUUCCGUCUUCAGCCGGUCGAGUUCGAGAAGGACGACGACACCAACCAUCACAUUGACUUCAUCACGGCGGCCAGCAAUCUGCGUGCCGAUAACUACGAUAUACCCCAGGCGGACCGCCACAAGACUAAAUUCAUCGCCGGAAAGAUCAUUCCUGCCAUUGCCACUGCCACUGCUUUGGUCACCGGCCUGGUGGCCCUAGAGCUGUACAAGGUUGUCGAUGGCAAGGACGAUAUCGAGCAGUACAAGAAUGGUUUCGUCAACCUGGCACUGCCGUUCUUUGGUUUCAGUGAACCCAUUGCUAGCCCGAAAGGCAACUACCAGAGCAAGGAGGGUGAGGUCACCAUCGACCGCCUCUGGGACCGCUUCGAGGUGGACGACAUUCCCCUCCAGGCCUUUUUGGACUAUUUUGCCAGCAAGGGCUUGGAUAUUACCAUGGUCAGCUCUGGCGUCAGUUUGCUGUACGCCAGCUUCUACCCUCCAUCUAAGGUCAAGGACCGCCUUCCUCUGCCGAUGAGCAAGCUUGUCGAACACGUCAGCAAGAAGCCCGUGCCUGAACACCAGAAGAACAUCAUCUUCGAGGUAACAGCGGAGGACCAAACAGAGGAGGAUGUUGAGGUUCCAUACGUGAUGGUUAAGCUGAGCAAAUAA